AAAAAAAAAAAAAAAAUAAAAAAAAAAAAAAUAAAAAAAAUCAUAAAAUAGAGGAUGCAUUUUCCCCCCCAUUUGCUACUAAAUUAUUAUUACUUUAUUAACCAUAUAAUUAUUCUUUUUAUGUAACUGGAUGAAACUGAAGAUGUUGCAGACUGCCCUUACUUCGACACCUAACGACAUAAAUUACAACUCGAGAAGGGACAGACCAAGGCCGGAGAUGUGCAUACAAUUGCCCUCCUUGGAGCAUAUGGUCAAUUUGUGCAUCGCCUUCCUGCAGUUUGCACCGGAUGUGCAUGUUUAUCUUGUCUUCGGCGUUCUACUGUCUCUGUCACCUGAUACCGGAAGUCAUGCUACAACAGAGUGGGGUUAUAGCCCUAUCAUGGAACAGGGACAAGUCAGCAUAAUUAGCUUUAGAGCAAUCAAUGUCCAUCGUUUUGACUGA